AUGGAGGUGAAUUUCAGAAAGAUUGAUAUCGAUCAAUACGACGAAGAUGCACUACUCUACAACGAGCUGUACGAUACCGAUCCUCGAGACCCUGCGCAGGCCCUGGACGACACGAAGCAGAAUGCCGCCGCAGUACGGGGUUCUCUCGCGAGAAAUGACUACGUUGGAGCUCUAACAUUGGUGCUCGAGAAUGCGCCAUACGGCCCGAAUGUGGAGGAGGCGAAAAACUUGAACCUCCAGACACUAGUAACCAUUUUGAAUAGCACGAAGGGUACGGACAUCCCGGGCAUCGUGAAAGCACUGUCAGCCGAUGCGCAAGAUACUCUUAUGAAAUACUUGUACAAGGGCAUGGCUUUGCCGGGUUGGGGAGACGUGAGCGGUAGUGUUCUUCUGGGUUGGCACGAGAAGUUGACGGAGGUGGCGGGCACUGGUUGUAUUGUUCGCGCGAUGACGGACAGAAAGCUUGUAUAA